CAAAAAACGGCAGCGCUAGCGCCGAUAUUGUCACUUGUCAAGUUUUACAGUUCCGACAUCAUAGUCAUAACCGCACCGACUGGGCACCUUAAGAAGUCGACACAUCACUGUUUUGUCGUGCUCAUCUUGUUAUAUUCGACAUCUGUCCAGAUUUUUCAGAAAGUCCGAAGAUACCUAGGAUUACGACACCACAUGUCAUAGGACUUCGAUCGCCCCUCCUACACAUCCCGCUAAGACUUCUAGAUUUGUUUCACCUGCUCAGCCCCGCGACAAUACCAUAAUUCGCUCUCCACGUUGUCUCAGUCUUGCAUUUUGCAAUCGCCAAAAUUUAUAUAACAACUUAAAGAAGACAAUACGUUUCUAGUGUCCGAAGAAACAAACCGCCGCAAUCAUGAACCGAAACAGUACCCCCGAAGCAUCGACUGCUUCGUCCCUGCGUCCGCCGUCUUCACGACCCGUUGCGAACAAUAACCACCACCUUCGUGCAUCUGCUGACAUGGCUGCUCUCGCUGGACCCGCAACCUCAAACCGCAUUCGUCCUUCCUCGGAUUUCUACGGUCAACAGGGCCAGAGUCAAGGCGGUGCCGAUUCGGACCCACAAGACAAAGUCACUCAACAGUGGAUUGCUGAUAUUGAUCAGUAUGAGACUACAUUGGAGGAAAUGGCUGCAGCUACACUAGAUCAGGAUUUCAAGGACGAGCUCAGUGCUAUAGAACAGUGGUUUCGAGUCUUGUCCGAGGCUGAACGUACCGCUGCCUUAUACGCCUUGCUUCAGCAGACCACCCAGGUCCAAAUUCGCUUCUUUAUCCAGGUACUCCAGCAGAUGGGUAAGAACCAUCCUAUGUCCGGUGUUCUAUCACCUGCAAACUUUGACAAGGAUCCCAUGUCGAACCGUCUGAGCGAUGCCAUGAACAAGUUGAAUGUUGGGUCGGCUAGGAACUCCCUCACGCAACCACAGGCAUCGGCUAAGAGGCACUCGGGACUCGACCCGUCGACCAUCAACGCCAUGUUCCCCGAUGCCGCUGCUGCUAUUGCUACCGAAAAGGCCAAGUUCACUCAACAAACUGGAAACCAGCCUCCGUCGAACCGCAAUAGCACCGCUGUCGAUGUACGUAGCCCCUUGGCCGCACCAUCAAUUUCUGCACCAUCUGAAGGACUCGACUCGAACUCACAGAAUCCGGCAUCGCCAUGGGGUAAUAACCAUGACCAAAAUGCCUCGCGACCCAAAUCAUCCUCGGGGCAGACUCCGAUGGGACAAUUUGUUCAACCCCCACCUUCUGCGGGCUUGAGGUCUCCUCGCCCCCAACUAGGUGGCAACAACACCAUCCAGACGACUUCGCUCAAUGCUCCGGACAAAUCUGCUUCUGAUCUGCCCUUGCUCUCGCCGUAUACCGCUGGAAGUGGAAACUGGGCUUCGAUGGUAAACACUCCUAUGGUUCCUACAUUCACUGGAAAUGGUCCCAACCAGGCAGACAUGGUCGCCAACGCCACUGCUAUGAAGCUUGCGGCAUUAUCUACGGUUAACAAUCGUUUCGCUCUUGAUGAUGUGCGCAAGUAUCGGCGAGCCCGUUCCAAUGACGCGCCUGGUCAAGGCCAGAGCGCUCUCUCUACUGGUCCUCAAAUUCCCAACAUUCCCGGUGCUAAUAUUGUUAUGGUCAACGAGCAUGGACAAGUGUUAAAUAGAGACCAGAUGCUUGCUCUACAGAAUCAGCAGGCAAUGGGUGGGUUUGCGGCUCAUCGCUCUCGUCCGAAUUCUCCGGGUAUAGCAAUGCAGACAGGUUUUGGCCAAGUGCCUUUUGCUUCGCCCCAGAACAACGGUUUCUUGAGUGCCUACGAUGGUGCACAAAACCCUCUAUUGAACAAUGGUCUUGGCGCUAUUAACAUGGGUCAACUUGGUGUAGGUGUUCCCGAAGGUUACUUGUCUGAUCACUCGGAUCUGGUUCGCGGUCGAUCGCCACGUGGACGUCGCGGCACCUCGAAGCCUCCUGAGGAUCCCACCGACCCCACUCUCCUACAAGAUAUUCCAGCUUGGCUACGAAGUCUCCGACUACACAAGUACACGGAUAAUCUGAAAGAUAUGAAGUGGACGGAGCUCGUUGAGCUCGACGACAAAGCUCUAGAAGAGCGUGGCGUCAAUGCUCUGGGAGCACGUAGAAAGAUGCUAAAGGUCUUCGACCAGGUCAAGGGUAAUUAUUCCCAUUAUCCAUACGUCCAAUAUGGAAAUAUACUAACACUUUUACAGAGGCCAAGGCAGAUGGCAAGCUGGGCUAGCCGUUGCAACGUAAUAAUGAACAUAUGAGCCCACUGAGUAACAAUUUGGAAAAUAAAAAAGGCGAGUAUAUGGGGGGUCUGAAGAGUUUUCAAUCUAGCGAAUACCCGUUGAGGAGCGAAAUUUAUCCUCAGCGGGAGUACUAAUACGGUCUAUAUGGACUCAGGGAGAAUGAUCUACUUUGCACAUCCAGAGACGGAUUUGGAAGAGAUUUAGCUUAGUUCAUAACAGGAUGUCCGUACCUAGGAAGUGAGUUACUCACAAUAUCUGAAGGCAAACGGGCCGGUUGUGUAACUUGUAGCUGUGUACAGAAUAUCGAUAUCAAAAUAUAAAUAUUAUGAACGAGUCAUACCA